AUGUCCAGCUUCCAGACAAAGAGUAGAGAAAUGGAAGACCAUGGAAAAUCAGAUGGGUGGGAUGAAGUUCUAGAAGAAGAUGAUGAGUUAGCGAGUUUGCACCAACAUGCUCCAAGCAUAUCAAUCAGGGAGCAGGAACUUUCAUCCAGAGUGCCACCAACUAAAGCUUCACAAGCUUUGAUGGAUGAACCGUUCGAAAAUGUCAAUGGACAAACUGAAGAUCUGCAAUCAGAGUUUCCCUGCUCGAUCAAGAAAGCAAAUCUUUCAGUUGCAGAACUUCUAGAAGAUCUACAAGGUAGAAGUGGCUCUUAUGUCGAGACAGCAUCUUUGUCACAUCAACACACCAGAACUAAACAUUGGAAGCCAAAACUCCUUUCUUCCGAGAAGAAAACACUAGCUAUUCUAGGAGACAGGAGUAUUGACAGUGAGGACCCCUUGGAGCAUGUAAUUGACGGAACAUCUAGUGAGGAGGAAGAUGCUACUCAAAACCACUUGAGUUUGGUGAACAAAGAUGAGAACCAGCAAACUAUGGCUGACCUAUUCCAAGAAGUUUUCAAUCCAACAAACAUGGAUGGUGCCAUGAAUUCAAUGAGAUCAACAGGAGCUGGUAACUAUGGAAGAAUGCAACAGAUUAUGCGGAUGGAGAAAGAUUGGCAUGCGGAGUUCUUGAGACGGUAUAGCAGAGAGCAAGGUUAUUCAGGUGGUGCUGUUGGUAGCAGUUGGUAG